UACUCUCUCUUCAAUCCACCAAUCUAUAUAUGCACACCUAGUUUAAGCACUUAGUAUCUUCCUUUUUUUUCUUGUCAAUAUUGGAUUUGGUUGCUGAAAUCUUCUAUAGAUAUGGCAAAGAUGGUCAUGUCUAAUAUUGUUGGUAUGCUUUUAUUCAUGGAAAUGAUAGUGAGUGGUUUUAGAUUUGGAGUGGAUGGGCUGAGCAUGGACUACUACCUCAUGCGUUGCCCAUUUGCGGAGCAAAUUGUGAAGAACAUAGUUUCAAGAGCUUUGCAAGAUGAUCCUACACUAGCAGCUGGCCUCGUUAGAAUGCAUUUUCACGACUGCUUUAUAGAAGGAUGUGAUGCGUCUAUCCUCAUCGAUUCAACGAAGGAUAACACAGCAGAGAAGGAUUCCCCAGCAAAUCUGAGCUUGAGAGGCUAUGAAGUAAUUGAUGAGGCAAAGGAGGAAAUUGAAAAUCAAUGCCCAGGCGUAGUUUCAUGUGCUGAUAUAGUUGCAAUGGCUGCUAGAGAUGCCGUUUUCUUUGCAGGUGGUCCAGUAUAUGACAUACCAAAAGGAAGAAAGGAUGGAAGAAGGUCUAAAAUAGAAGAUACAAUCAACUUGCCAUUUCCCACCUUCAACGCCUCGGAGCUCAUCAGGCAGUUUGGGCAGCAUGGUUUCACUGCCCAAGAAAUGGUUGCUUUGUCUGGAGCACAUACUCUGGGGGUGGCGAGGUGUGCAACCUUCAAAAACAGAUUGAGCAGUAGCGAUCCGACAAUGGAUUCAGAGUUCGCAAAGACAUUGUCAAAAACUUGUCGUGGUGGAGACAAUGCAGAGCAACCAUUUGACCCCACAAGCAACACAUUCGACAAUCUUUACUUUAGUACUCUCCAAAGGAAAUCUGGGCUUCUUUUCUCUGACCAAACCCUAUUCACUAGUCCCAGAACUAGAGCUAUUGUGAAUGGUUAUGCUUUUAAUGAAGCCAUGUUCUUCUUUGAUUUCCAGCAGGCAAUGGUCAAAAUGGGCUUGCUUGAUGUUAAGGACGGAUCCAAAGGUGAAGUUCGAGAAAAUUGCCGCAAAAUUAACUGAAAUAUUAAUUUGACAAGAACUGAAACUUGCAUGUACUGUCAUACUGUUCAGCUCUUGAUUAUUGUAUCACUGGAUAAAUAUAUUUAUUUUAAAAUGAAUGUAUAUGUACAAGCUUGUGGUUGAGAUUCAAUAGGAAUUAUAUCGAAUAAUGUUUUCAUUCA